AUGGAUAACUGCAUAGGUGUUUCCAUGCCUAAGACAUCUAAUGUUGUUUUUGAUCCCUCACCUGAUGAUAAUUUAGUUGAUGGUUCCUUAUAUCGUUGCAAGUUGUCACAGGCUAUGCGUCAGCCUCAACCGCUUAUGUCUCAUUGGGUUGCUCUUAAACGACUUCUCCGAUAUCUUCGUUCAACUAUUUUAUUUGGUGUACCCAUUGCUAAGGAGAGUGAUCGUCGAAUGUUUGCGUACUCUGAUUCAGACAUGGGCAGGAGACGUUCAAGAUCGUACCUCCACCACAGCACCACUUAUAUUUGUGCCAAUCCUGUCUUCCAUAGCCGCAUGAAGCAUAUGGCCAUCGACUUCCACUUUGUCCGUGAGCAGGUUGAGAGAAAACAGAUUGAUGGUGCACAUUUACAUGCUUUUGAUCAAGUUGUUGAUCUUCUAACAAAGCCUCUUCCCCAUACACUUUUCAAUAAAUAUUUUUCCAAGUUGGCGUAG